AUGGGGAUCACGAGCACCAUUGAUAGAGUCCGCGCUCUGUUUAAGAAAUCAGAAUCUUCCCAAGAUUACGAGCCGCUCUACAACGAUGGAGACGAAGAUGUUCGGAGACCAGUUUUGAUACGCCCUGACACCGCUGAAGCGCCGUUCUCAUGGCUCGAGUACUCGAUCUUCCUCAUCUUGGGGGUUGCUAUGCUUUGGGCAUGGAACAUGUUCUUAGCAGCAGCACCCUACUUUCAAAGUCGAUUCCAGGGUAACGCCAGCAUCCUCGCUCAUUUCCAAUCCGCCAUCACCUCUGUUGGCUGCGUCACGAAUCUUGGCUCCUUGCUUCUCCUCUCGAACAUGCAAUCAAAAGCCUCCUACCCCAAGCGCAUAAUUUCCUCCCUGAUUCUCAAUAUAAUCGUCUUUACCUUGCUUACCAUAUCAACCUCUCAUUUCCGCGAUGUUUCGAAUGGGGGAUAUCUGGCGUUCACAUUGAUCAUGGUUUUUGCAACGUCAGUCGCAACGGGACUCUGCCAAAAUGGAGCAUUCGCAUUUGCGUCGAGCUUUGGCCGGCCAGAUUAUAUACAAGCUAUCAUGACAGGUCAAGCAGUGGCUGGAGUUCUUCCAUCUGUCGCGCAGAUUAUCUCUGUCCUGGCAGUCCCUGAACCUGAUCACUCGGUCGAUGCUGCGGCACGGGCAGCUAUUGCGAGAAACGAGAAUACAUCAUCCGCUUUUAUUUAUUUUCUCACCGCGACUGGAAUUAGCAGCAUUGCACUUCUUGCUGUAAUCCCACUUGUACGGAAGCACAACCGGAUCAUGGAAAGUCAGGCAGUUUCAUCUGUCGCUAGUGUCGAGGAGGUUGAACAGGCGACACGCAAGGUUGUCAGUAUGAGAACAUUGUACAAAAAGGUCCCCUGGCUUGCAGCAACAGUAUUCAUAUGCUUUUUGGUCACCAUGUUCUUCCCGGUAUUCACCCAAAAAGUUGUUUCCGUCAGGCCGCCUGACCAGGCACCUCGACUCCUCCAACCCGCAACUUUUAUUCCUCUCGGCUUCCUGGUAUGGAAUGCGGCGGAUCUUUUAGGUCGACUCCUCACGCUUCUCCCCUUCUCUUACCACCAUCGCCCGGUCGCCCUCUUCAUAUUCUCUCUUCUCCGUAUCGGUUUUAUACCUCUAUAUCUAUUGUGCAACAUUGGAGGCAACGGCGCGGUCGUCAAAAGCGAUCUAUUCUACAUGGUAGUCCAGGUCGGAUUCGGUACAACAAAUGGAUGGCUGGGUAGCACUGCUAUGAUGGAAGCCCCAGAAUAUGUUGAUGACGGAGAGAAAGAAGCUACCGGUUCAUUCAUGGCACUCAAUCUUGUGGCUGGGUUGAUGGUUGGUUCCUUGCUAAGUUUUUCUGUGGCUGGUGUUCAAUGA